AUGAUCUUCACAGCAGAGCAGGUCACUUGUGUGUGUGAGGUCCUGCUGCAGAGCGGUUGCAUGGAUCGUCUCGCCAGCUUCCUCCACAGUCUUCCUCCUUCCUCCUCCUCCUCUUUGAGCCCUGGGGAGCUGGAGAGCGUGCUGAAAGCAAAAGCCGCGGUGGCCUUUCACCAGGGGCGCUUCUCGGACCUCUACACCCUGCUGGAGGGCUUCCCUUUCUCCCCACGCAGCCACCCGCUCCUGCAGCAACUCUGGCUGCGAGCCCACUACAUGGAGGCCGAGAGGCAGAGGGGCCGACCCCUGGGAGCUGUGGGGAAGUAUCGCAUAAGGAGAAAGUUUCCUCUACCAAACACCAUCUGGGAUGGAGAGGAGACCAGCUACUGCUUCAAACAGGAGAAAUCGCGGACUAUCCUCAGAGACUGGUACCACCGUAAGCCGUACCCGUCCACCCGGGAGAAGAGGGAGCUGGCGGCGGCCACCGGCCUCUCAGCCACGCAGGUCAGCAACUGGUUCAAGAACCGCCGGCAGAGGGACCGAGCUACCGACGGUACCGGUUUCCAAACACUGGGCCCUGGAGGAGCUCCAGAAGAGGCCUACCGUUCCUCUGACAACGACCUUUCACCUCCAUGCAGCCCAGCUCCCCCAUACUGCCUCCGCCCUCCACCUCCACCGCUCUUCCAUCUCCCACCUCCUCUACAUCACACAUGUGGAGGCCUUUAAAAUGUAUAAUUAGUCACUUGCGU